GCGCCAAUGCAUCCAUCCGUCCAUUGCAGCGGAGGUUUUCUCGAGCCUUCCUUCCUUGCUCUUAUCCUCUUCCUCCGGCCACCUCACAGGGAUCCAAUCGUCCUCUCCCUCAGCGGCCUCUCCUUCAGGCUGGCUUUCUUCUUCUCUGUGACCUGACGUUCGCUGCCACGGCAGCCUCUUCUCCGGCGCCUGCUCCCUGCAGUUGCAGCCCAGCGAGCGCUGUGCUCCCCCAUGCCGUCGAAGCUCUUUCCGGUUCCCCCUGUUACGUGGAGCUGAUUUACGCGGGCGGCAGCUCAGAAUACAACACGUCCCCAUCAAACAAAUACCUAAUUACAGGUUCGCAAUUACAUAGAGAGGUUGAAUAUGGAUUCAUUGUAUGCUUCCCAGUUGUGACAAUAAUGGCUGAAAUGUAUAUGCUAUGGCGUGCUCAACAACUCCAGUAAAGUAUCGUAGAGAAUCAUCUUGAACUAUGGACAAAGCACGCAAGCGGAAGGCUGCUCAUACAGGGAGACCCCCCAAUGAGCAAUUGACGAAUAAUGAUUCAUCCAUACCGGCUUCUCAGUUAGGAAGCUCCAUUUCAGAAUCUCUCCUUCCAUCACAGAGAGUGGUCAGACAACGAGCCCUGCUAUCUUCAGAUUUGCCACGGCCAGAGUCAUCUACUGCUGCUGAAACACGUAAGAAACGUAAGGCAGCUAUAGCUUCUGGAAGACAGGAAGAGAAUUCAGAGUCUCCUCUUCAUAACCGACACCGCCGUAAGUUGUUAAAGGAAUUGUUCCCUAAGAGGACAUUCAGGUCCUAUCUCAGACUGCUGCUAUAUGAAGCUGCUAAUACUGCCAUCAAAGAAUCACCGGCGAAACACACAUACAAAUAUCUGGCACUGUUUUCGCACCCCUUUAUUUGGGAAGUCAGAAUCAAACAUGCUCAUAUUGUGGUGCUCGCUUUUGGGCUGAGGAACGAGUACGUGGACAUGGACGGACAACUUCUCCAGUAUAUAACAAAUGCUGCAGAGGAGGAAGCAUUCUACUACCUCCUUACAAGCCACCUCCGGAGCCCUUACUUGGCCUUCUGACAGGAAAGGAUCCUGCACUAUCAAGACAUUUCUUUGAUAACAUCAGACGGUACAAUUCUAUGUUUGCCAUGACUUCUAUGGGCGUCAAUGUCAUAAAUUCUAUCAACGAUGGCCGUGGCCCUUAUGUCUUCAAAAUUAGUGGCCAACUAUGUCAUCGAAUAGGAUCACUAAUUCCAAACGAUGAAGCAAGACCUGAGUAUUGCCAGUUAUAUAUCUUUGACACUGAUAAUGAGGUUAGAAACAGAAUAGCUGUUGCAACAACCUCAAACAGUGACUUUCAACCAAA